AUGAGCUGUGAUUUUAACGGUAAUGACUUAACAAAUGUUCAAAUACGUGGUGAAGAUUGUGGUGGAAGAUGCGCUUCUAUACAAGGAUGUACACAUUUCACAUGGACAUCAUAUAAUGGUGGUACAUGUUGGAUGAAACAAGGUCCUGUUUCUGAAAAUGAUGCUUUUUUAACUGAUGAUCAAAGUAUGGUGUGCGGUAUUAUUUCUAGUGCUCCACCAUCCCAAUGUUCAAAUGGUAUAGCACUUUAUAAUAUUGACACAAGACGUCAUGGUGCUGUGGAACAUGGUACAUGCGCACUUCCAUCUGGUAAUUAUGCCGUUGUUAAUCCUGUUGCACUUGGAAAUAUAGAAACUUUACAACAUUUAACAUUUCGACCCGAACUAUGUGGUCAUGAAUCUUGUCGUAAUGCUUUUAAUUUCGAUGGUCCUCGUUGUUAUUACAAUCCUGAAGGUUCUUUUGAUAAUCCUUAUUAUAACAAUAUUGGACUAUUAAAUACAAACGGACGUCUAGUUGUUAAAGCUACUAUGGAUAAUCGACCUGGAGAACAUCGUGGUUCUAAUCCUUACUAUGCAUUUGAUUUUGGUCUUGUCGAUGGUAAUAAACAAGUUAUAUUUACUUUCGAUGAUGGAAGUACUCAUACUGUUUUCUUACGAGAUUGUUAUAAAGAAUCACAACAACAACAAUGGAGUUGA